AUGAGUGCCGACAUCGAGAAACACCCCGGUCAGUACGAGGGGCCGGAAGACUAUGUGCCUCCUAUCGUUGUGGCCGACAAACUAAGUCGAAAACUGUCUGCGCGUCAAGUGCAGAUGAUCGCAAUCGCAGGAACCAUCGGAACUGGGUUGUUCCUGGGAACGGGCAAUUCUCUAGCCAAGGGUGGUCCGGCAUCGAUGCUUAUUUCGUAUGCGAUUGUUGGUGCAAUUGUGUAUAUCACGAUGCUUGCGUUGGGGGAGAUGUCGGCUUUUAUACCUGUUGCGGGUUCAUUCUGUACUUUUGCUGGCCGCUUCGUGGACGACGCUUUUGGGUUUGCGCUGACCUGGAAUUACUGGUUCAACGAUGCCGUGUCAACCGCCUCGGAUCUUAUUGCUCUUCAGCUACUGUUGCAAUAUUGGACGGACAACUUUCCUGGUUGGGCUAUCAGUCUGAUCUUUUUGUUUGUUGUCAUCGGCCUCAAUGUUAUUUCUGUGAGGGCGUAUGGCGAGGCGGAAUACAUCCUCAGUAUCCUAAAAGUCGUCACCAUUGUGAUAUUCAUUGUCCUUGGUAUCGUAGUCAACUGCGGCGGAAACACCAGUCAUCAAUAUAUCGGUGGGCGUAACUGGCAUAUCGGUGAUGCCCCUUUCGUUGGCGGUAUUGGAGGAUUCGCCUCGGUCUUUGUCACUGCUUCUUUUGCCUAUGGAGGAACUGAAUCCAUCGCAGUCACUGCAGGAGAGACCAAAGAUCCAGCCAAAAAUCUUCCUCGCGUUGUGCGAAACGUCUUUUGGAGAAUUCUGAUCUUCUAUAUCCUAGCAGUGCUGAUUAUUGGUCUCAACGUACCAUACAACUACCCCGGUCUGCGCACCAAAAACAGCCACACCAGCCCGUUCACCAUUGUUUUCGAGCAGGCCGGAAGUAGGGUGGCUGGUAGUUUUAUAAAUGCAGUCGUGAUGACAAGUGUGAUUUCUGCGGGCAAUCAUGCCCUGUUUGCGGGUUCACGACUACUUUACAGCUUGGCUACUGAUGGAUAUGCCCCGUCUUUCUUUGCUAGACUCAACCGACAGAAAGUUCCUUGGGUGGCGGUAUUGGCGACAUCAGUCAUUAGUGGACUCUGCUUUGGCGCAAGUUACAUUGGUGCUGGCCAGUUGUGGACAUGGCUACAGAACAUCGUUGGUGUCUCCAACCAACUAUCCUGGAUAGCCAUCUGUUUCUCCUCGCUCCGUUUCCGCGCCGCUAUCAAAAAGCAAGGUCUCGAACACCUCCUCCCCUUCAAGAACUGGACAUACCCCUACGGCCCUAUCAUAGCCAUGAUUCUCAACAUUGUCCUUGUUCUCGUCCAAGGCUGGUCAUCCUUCAGCCCCAUUUUUGCCGCCGUCGACUUUGUCAGCUACUACAUCGAAAUCCCCGUCAUGAUUGUCAUGUACCUCUUUUGGAAGAUCCUUAAGCGCACACGGUUCGUCAAAUUAGAAGAGAUGGAUUUGGUCUCUGAUCGGUUUGAUGGUGGAUUGAAUUAUGAGGAACGGACGCAAGUGCUGGAGAUUGCGCGGCGAAGUCCUUUUGCGCGUAGGCAGCCGUGGAAGGAGAGGCUUGGGGCUAUUGCUACGUCUUUGUUCUUCUAG